AUGGUCUCCACUUCGACGCCAUAUCAGAAUUUCGCCAAGGUAAUCUCAUCAUACCAUGAUCAGUAUGCCGAAGCAGGACCAUCCAACUCGUCUUCCCUAGAUUCACCUAUACGGUAUGAAGCGGUCUUAGAUGAAGAAGGGGGUCUGAUAAGAGCAUUCAUGGGUGCUUUGGAGGAAGUUAUCAAGUCCAAAGCGCCUACUACCAAUUCAUUCGAGAUUGACGGUGAAGAACAGAUAAGUCUGGAAGAACAUCAAGCUCUAUUAAGUGAACAUAGGACGUGGCAAUUACUCAGAGCAGUCUACGAAAACCAAUUGCAUCGUUCUGAUCCAAAUUUCAUACCUGGUUCAUCGAAACAGCAGAUGUUGGAAAAUCCAUAUACGAGUCCAGAGGAUAUCAUGCAGAUUCUGGUUAAUGAAGAUCCGGAAUUAUCUCUAUGGGCUACUUUAGUGGAUCAUUUGCAAACUCGGCCAUUUGCAUCAGUGGCACCUCCUUUAGAAGCAAGACAUGGAUAUCUCCCAUCGACACUACGACGAGCUAAGACUGCCCGAUCAGCUGGAGGGAUAUCGUUAGAUCCUGAUUUCACGCUGCGAGAUCCGCAUGGUCAAGGUUUAGCGGGUGAAGAUCAGACGUAUCAGACACCUUUGUUGGAGACAUUAUGGGAUCUGGUGAGACACGGUGAAUUGGAUCAAGCCAUAAAGGUCUGCGAACAGGGCGGUGAGCCAUGGAGAGGAGCGACGUUGAUGGGUGGGAGAAGGUGGACAAUGGGCGGUAUGACCAAAGAAAGUAUAGCGAUCAGUCCGCUGGAGGGUAACAGACGUAGGGCGCUAUGGAAGAAGUCGUGUCGAGCUAUUGCAAAGAAUCCAACCCUCUCCCCAGCCGAAAGACAGCUCUACGCUGCAUUGAUAUCCGACUUACCCACCCUAUUACCGUCAUGUGAAGACUGGGAAGAUCACCUGUGGGCACAUAUUCAGCAUCGUAUAGAAUAUAGAUUAGAACAGCGUUGGCAUGAAUUAGGUGGAUAUUGGGAAGAGGAAAGUGGAUUGUUGGGCAGAGAUGACGAGGAUGUCGAGAUCGCUCAAGGGGGUUUGGAAGAGGUGUUUAAGAAAAUGCAAGGGGUACAGAAAGGUGGUGUUGCAAACGCAAUGUCGGAUCCAUAUCAUGUUGCUCAGCGCAUGAUCAUUCUGGGCCGUACGGAUUUGUUGUUCAACCAAUUUGCAGAUCAGAUAUCAAAGAUAGAAGCGAGUGUCUCACCAGAACUUGUUGGUCCCUUGGUCCGCUUCUUCGCCCACCUGGUCUUGACAUUACGAACCCUUGGUCAAUCGGUCCCUGAUUCAGCUGCAAACGCGAUCAUACAAGCGUACUUGACCAUUCUCGAAAGGGAAGGGAACGACUCAUUAGUGGCUAUGUACGCGGCUUGUCUGAGGGAGGGUAGUGGUGAGGAGAGUUAUGCGAGAUUCUUGAGGGCGAUGGAUCAUAGUGCAACUAGAGAACAGAGGACGGAAGCUUUAUCAAGGGCUAAACAGCAUAAUUUGGAUGUAGCUAUCAUUGCUAAGGAAACGGUCAAGAUGAUCUUAUCCGAAGCAUUCGAGGAUAUACCUUCACUGUCUUCAUCAGAACCUGAUAUCACAGCAGUAUCGGUUGGUCUGUCGGAACGUGAUGUCCAAUUGAUCAGAUCGAUAGAAUGGCUCACUAUGAUGCCUGAGACAUUGGGAGAGGCAUUGAUCAAGUCCAAUGAUGUAGCGAGGUAUUUCUUGGCACUAGGGAAAGCCAACGCUGCCCAAUCUCUCAUCCGUACCCUUCCUUCUUCCCUCCUUGAAAUCCUCAGCAACUCAUCAAUGGCAGAAGACGAAGAGAACCAUUUAAUAGAGCAUCAAGAGUACCUAAAGCUAUUUAGCAUAUUCAGCUCGUAUGAGGUAUUGGCGGAUCUAGAAUCUGAUCCUAAUAGACGACCUAAGGAGACAUCUACUAAAUUGGAGAAACAUAAUUACAACAAAUCAUUAUUAGGUGCCAUAGAUAGAGUUUGGGAGAGGACAAUUGGGCUUUUACAACCUACUGAAGAAGAUGAUGGAUGGUUGAGGUUUAGAGUCAGUAGGAAAUUCGAGAAUGGUUCCAAACGUAAGGUCGAAUUAUCGAUCAUACGUCGACUAUUCAUCCCAUCUUUGAUCCUCCAAUUACAUCAACUCCUAAUUCAGAAAUCGACUACCUUCCCUGAAUUGUUGGAUAAAGCUUUGGAGCUCAUCAAGAUAGUUGCGAAAGAGGAUAAUCACCUAUACGAGGAAUUCUUACCUUCUUCCACUGGAGGUGGUGCUGGAGAGGGUAAGUUGGGUUUGUAUCUGGAGAGAGUAAGGGAAGUAGGGAUGGUAGCUUUGAAAGUUGGUAAAGGGGGUUUAUUUGGUGUUCGUAAUUAG